CAAUCUUACAGCAUCAGUCUGAACUCAACAAGUGCAAAGCCAAGGAAUAAAAGAAGCAGUUGCAACUUGAUCUGCACCUAUACCAGUCAUUAGAAUAAAGAAUGAAGCUGCUAGCAAUCAGUGGAGCUCUUGUCCUUCUCUUCUCUAUCACUGGAGCUUUCUCUUUGUACAAGGAAGACUCAGAGAAGCCUUCAUUCUGUCGUGACUUUGACUGUCCUACAUACACAGUCGUUGCUAAGAAGGAGAGCUACGAGGAACGCAAAUACGAUCCAUCAAAAUGGGUAGGGACAACAAUAGGAGCAAUGAACUGGACGAGUGCACUGGACACAGGCUACAGCAAGCUAUACAAGUACAGGAAUGGGGCCAACAAGGGGAAUGUAAAAAUACCAAUGGCUACACCAGUGGCUACUAAAAUAGAACCAGGACAAGGCCCUGCUUGUGAAUCCAACUUCACCAUCCUGUUCUUUGUCCCAUUCAAGUACCAGGACAAUACUCCAGUCCCCACAGACUCCAGCAUUGCCAUUGUUAAUCUUCCCUCCAUCACUGCUUACGUGGGCUCGUUUGGUGGCUUUGAGAAUGAGGACAAUCUCGUGACACAGGCCACAGAUCUUGCUACUUCCCUGGCUAAUAAUAACAUUGAUUUCGUCCAGGAGUACUACUUUACUGCAGAGUAUGAUUCGCCAGAUAAGAAGAUUGACAGGCACAAUGAGAUAUGGUUCUUAGCCAAAAACUAAUUGAACUAUCAAUAAUAACUAAUAAUAAUAAUAAUAACAAUAAUUAUUAUUAUUAUAUGUUAUUGUGCUAUUUUUGCUUACUAAAAUUUUAAUAAUAAACAUUAAAAUU